AGUGCAUGGAUAGGAUCUGUUCAAGUACGAUUAUUGCACCUUUAUUUUCGAUAUUGCAUGUCUGAUGUUUUUGUAGUAUUGCCUCAUUUUCUUGCCCGGUCCCAUAUGUGGCCAUCUUUUCAACAUGGGAUACUUCAGAAGAAUGAUCUUCUGUGCCUCAUGUUGUCUUGUUGCAGUGACUUUCCUCAUUGCCCAAUGCAAAGAAUACUGGCAAUUCCUCCUCUGCCAGGGAUUCGCUGUCAGAUUAGCUGCAGGGAUGAUUUUUGGACCGAUGCUGUCUGUCAUUGGACACUGGUUUCAGAAGAAGCGUGGAAUGGCCCUUGGUUUCUUGGCACUGGGAUCUUCAGUCGGCAGUACCAUCUUCCCUAUCACAGCUCGCAGACUUAUAUCUGCAGUCAGAUUUCAAUGGACCAUGCGUGUCUUGGGAUUCAUACAACUUGCUGCUCUCAUUGUGACCAACUUGACAGUUGAACGCAGGCUACCACCCAAAGAGGCCUCUGGUCCCUUCAUCAGUCUUAAAGCUUUCCGAUUUCUUCCAUAUGCAACAUACUGCACUGCUACUUUUGUUGCCUUCCUUGGCUUGUAUACAGUCCUGACUUUCAUUGAUAUCAGCGCAGUUGCGGCUGGUAUCUCGAACGAUUUCUCAUUCUAUCUAGUCUCCAUCGCGAAUGCCUCGUCAGGGUUUGGACGUAUCGGAGGUGGAAUCCUAGCGGAUAGAUUUGGGCCUCUCAAUGUCAUGAUUCUGUCCACAUUUGUAGCUGCUGUAUUGACAUAUGCCUGGCCCUUUGCAGCAUCUAAAGGUGCUUUUGUGGUUAUUGCCGUCUUAUACGGAGUCGCAUCUGGCGUAUAUGUCUCCCUUCUGCCUGCGCCUGUCAUGGCAAUGGGACAAAUGCACGAUGUCGGUUUACGCAUUGGCAUGUCUACUACGAUCCUUGCACUCGGUAUCUUAGGUGGACCUCCAAUUGCCGGAGCCAUUAAUCAGGCAACUGGUGGCUUCAAAGAUGCGGGAUAUUAUGCCAGCUCUAUUUGUGUAUUCACCGCAGUGCUUCUUAUUCUGACUCGACAGUUAGGUCUGAAGAAACUCCGAGGAAGAUACUGAGCUAGGGUAACUCAUACUUAUCUUCAUAACGAAAAUUGGACAUGCAGGCCUCUAGUAAUUACUCGUUAUGUGGAGAAAUCGAAUACAUAGAUGACUUCAUC